UCGCACAAUUUUUACCUUCUCGUGGACUAAUGAUCGGAGACGUGGAGAAAAUGUUAGCGGUGGGCCUGAUCUGGGGCGCCACCAACGCCGCCAUGCGCCGCGGCGCACUCCUCUGGGACCAAUAUCUCAAGUCCACUCCAGCCUCAGGCGUCCCACCUCGCAAACUCGACCAAAGGAUCCUCAAAUCCUUAUCCGAUUGGCUAACCCUGCUUUUGUUUUGGCAAUAUUCGAUCCCUUUCUUAAUCAACCUCUCCGCGUCCGCCACCUUCUUCUCCAUAUUAAGCCAGGCUCCGAUUUCGCUCGCCGUCCCCGUCACCAACGCCACGACGUUUGCUGCUACCGCCGUUUUCGGAAUCCUGCUGGGCGAGCGGACCCGGAUCGGUCUUGCUCUGUUGGGACGAAAGAUGACUCUAGGAGCUUUGCUGAAAGCAAUUGAAGGUGAUGUUUACAAUGCAUUUUAUUCGUGAUAGAAAUAUUAGCUUUACACGCUGUUACACUUACAUAGUAGGCCGUCACUGUUCCGGCUGAGUUUCCAGGUACCAACUUGAUUAGCAUUUCAAUGCUUCCAAAUAAGAAUGCCCUCUUUGAUUUGACAGCAGAACCUGAAAAAAAAAUGGAAUAUGUUACAGUUUGGUAUUGUCUAUUUGCUUUAGCGUCACUCAUCGAUAAUUGGUUUACCUGAAGUUUGAUCCAGCACAAGUU